GCGAGUGCUGAGUCUCACAAAUCAGAAUCUUUGUGGCCUCUAACGAACUUCUCUCUCUCUUCUGACUUGACUUGGGAUUCGUUCUCUCUCACUGAAUGCAAGCAAUGGGGUGGACGACGGUGGAUGAGUUUCUGGUGCAGUGCAAGGAGUCCGGCGACGCUGCCUAUGCCUGCUUUCGGUCACUGCUGGAGCGCCUUGAGAAUCCCGAGACCCGUUCGCAGGCUCGGAUUUUCCUUUCCCACCUUCAGAAGCGUUUUCCCACCAAAGACUCAUGCGAUCAAUGCUUUCAAACCUAUCAUUUUCGCAUCGAAGACGUUCUCUUGGGUCAACACGAGGGAAACCAAGGCAGAAGCAAAUUGACUAUGAUGGUUAUUCCUAGCAUUUUUCUCCCAGAAGACUGGUCCUUCACUUUUUAUGAAGGGAUUAAUAGACACCCGGAUUCCAUUUUCAAGGACAGGACUGUCGCCGAGUUAGGUUGCGGAAAUGGAUGGAUAUCCAUUGCAAUAGCUGAGAAGUGGUUGCCUUCCAAGGUCUAUGGCCUUGAUAUCAAUCCCAGAGCGGUAAAGGUUUCCUUGAUAAACUUAUACCUGAAUGCUUUAGAUGAUAAUGGCCAGCCCAUCUAUGACGCGGAGAAGAAAACUUUGCUGGACAGGGUAGAAUUUCAUGAAUCUGAUCUUCUAUCCUAUUGCAGGGAAAAUGACAUUCAACUUGAAAGAAUUGUCGGAUGCAUACCUCAGAUUCUUAAUCCAAAUCCAGAUGCAAUGUCUAAGAUGAUAACAGAAAAUGCAAGCGAGGAAUUCCUUCAUUCAUUGAGUAAUUAUUGUGCACUUCAGGGUUUUGUGGAGGACCAGUUUGGCUUAGGUUUAAUUGCAAGAGCAGUUGAAGAGGGGAUAGCAGUAAUCAAACCAACAGGAAUUAUGAUUUUUAAUAUGGGGGGCCGCCCAGGUCAAGGUGUUUGCAAACGAUUGUUUGAACGUCGGGGUUUUUGCAUUACAAAACUUUGGCAAACUAAAAUAAUUCAGGCUGGCGACACAGAUAUUGCAGCCUUAGUUGAGAUUGAAAAGAACAGCCCACACCGUUUUGAGUUUUUUAUGGGACUUUCUGGAGAUCAACCUAUUUGUGCACGGACAGCAUGGGCUUAUGGAAAGUCUGGUGGCAGCAUUUCCCAUGCUUUAUCAGUAUACAGUUGUCAACUUCGUCAACCUAACCAGGUUAAGGUUAUUUUUGAUUUUCUAAAACAUGGAUUUCAAGAGGUCAGCAGCUCUCUAGAUUUGUCUUUUGAUGAAGAUUCUGUUGCUGAUGAGAAGAUUCCUUUCCUUGCUUAUCUUGCCAGCACUUUAAAAAAUAAUUCUCAUUUUCCAUAUGAACCACCAGCUGGAAGCAAACGAUUCCGCAAUCUCAUUGCAGGGUUUUUGAAGACGUAUCACCAUAUUCCACUCACCGCUGAUAAUGUUGUCAUUUUUCCCUCAAGGACUGCAGCCAUUGAGAAUGCUCUUCGCUUGUUCUCACCUCGCCUUGCACUUGUUGAUGAACAUCUGACUCGGCACCUACCUAGGCAGUGGUUAACAUCUUUGGCACUUGAGAGCACCGGAACUAUUGACUCUUCAGAUGAUGCAAUUACGGUAAUUGAGGCCCCUCGACAAUCAGACUUAAUGAUAGAACUAAUAAAGAAAUUGAAGCCUCAAGUGGUGGUAACUGGGAUUGCUCAUUUUGAGGCCGUUACUAGUUCAGCUUUUGUGCACCUCUUAGAUACAACACGAGAGAUUGGAUCUCGUCUUUUCUUGGAUAUAUCAGAUCACUUUGAGUUAUCCAGCCUUCCGGGAUCAAAUGGGGUCUUGAAGUAUCUUUCAGGAACUCCUUUGCCCUCUCAUGCGGCAGUUAUAUGUGGACUGGUAAAGAAUAAGGUUUAUCCGGAUUUAGAAGUAGCAUUUGUCAUUUCGGAAGAAGAAUCCCUCUUUAAUGCAUUGUCCAAAACUGUCGAAUUACUAGAAGGCAGUACUGCAUUAAUUAGUCAGUACUAUUAUGGCUGCAUUUUUCAUGAGCUUCUUGCUUUCCAGCUUGCCAGCCGGCAUGCACCUGCAGAGAGAAACUGUGAAAAUGUUGAAUCAGCUGAUAUGAUAGGAUUUGCCAGAUCGGCUCUAUCUGUCCUUAAUAAUGCUGAGUUAUGUAUUGAUCGGGUGGAGAAUGGGUCGCUGAUCCACAUGGAUGUUGAUCAAAUCUUCUUGCCUGUUCCUUCGCCUGUUAAGGCAGCUAUUUUUGAAAGUUUUGCUAGACAAAACAUGUCUGAGUCUGAAACGGAUGUCACCACAAGCAUCAAAGGAUUUGUCAAGAGCAAUUAUGGUUUUCCGACAGAUAGCACCACUGAAUUUAUAUAUGCUGACAAUUCGAAAGCUCUUUUCAAUAAACUGGUCCUCUGCUGCAUCAAAGAAGGUGGCACCCUAUGUUUUCCAGCUGGAUCAAACGGGAACUAUGUUUCUUCUGCCAGAUUUUUGAAAGCUGACAUAGUGACAGUCCCCACCAAUGUUAAUGUAGGUUUUAAGUUCACAGUAAAGACUCUCACUGGAUUCCUUGAGACACUGAAAAACCCAUGGGUGUAUAUUUCUGGUCCUACAGUCAAUCCCACUGGCUUUGUUUAUAGCAACAAUGAGAUGGUAGAGAUUUUAAGCACUUGUGCUAGAUUUGGUGCGAGAGUUAUAAUUGAUACUACAUUCUCUGGUUUGGAAUUUGACUGUGAAAGCUGGGGUGGCUGGGAUUUAGAGGGGUGUCUGUCUAAGCUGAAUUCUUCAAUCAAGCCAUCGUUCUGUGUAUGUCUUCUUGGAGGAUUGUCUUUAAAGAUGCUCAAUGGUGUUCUCAGAUUUGGGUUUCUUAUUCUAAACCAGCCCAAUUUAGUUGACACAUUUUAUAGUUUUUCAGGAUUAAGUAAACCUCAUAUUACUGUUAGAUAUGCUACCAAGAAAGUGCUGGAGCUUAGAGAGCAGAAACCAUCAAACCUUUCAGAUGCUAUUUUAGAGCACGCAAAAAUAUUGAGAAGUAGGUCCAAGUGCUUGAAAGAGGUUCUUGAGAAAAGUGGGUGGGAUGUGCUUGAAUCGUGUGCUGGUGUGUCUGUUGUGGCUAAGCCCUCUGCCUAUCUUAACAAGACUAUUAAGCUGAAGAUUUCACCAAAAGGUGAAGGCAGCCACGGAAAUGCCAGUGAGGAAAUAACGCUCGAUGACUCUAAUAUUAGGAAUACCAUUCUCAAAGCCACCGGAUUAUGCAUCAAUAGUGGGUCAUGGACUGGAAUUCCUGGAUACUGUCGAUUCAACAUUGCACUCGAAGAAAAUGAUUUCAAGAAAGCAUUGGACUGCAUUCUAAAAUUUAAAGAAGUCGCAUUGGGUUAAAACAUAUGUCGUUGGUACACAUUGUUCUUAGCGCAGGAGUUUGCAUGUCAUUCUUUAAGCUUUUUCUUUUCCACUUCUUUGGGGCAAGCUGGUUUUAUUCUUCCCAUAUGCCAUGAUUGUUCAAUUGUCAUCUGACCAUGCAAUAAUGAUUUGUGAUGUGAACUUUCUUAGUUGAAGUUAAAACGAGAGGUCUGAUAAGAUUCCCUCUUUAAUUUCUUUUUUAAUAUAUUCUUAAUUAUUAAUUUU